AUGGAAUCCCUCUCACCUGAAUGUACACCCCUCAAACAUCGUUAUGAUUCAUGUUUCAACGCAUGGUUUGAAGGAUAUCUUCAACCUGCUUUAGCCGCUGCUUCCUCUCUAUCCUCAUCUUCUACAUCUUCCAACCCUAGUCCCAUAACUCCUACAACUCCUCAAUUACCUCUCAGCACCACGUCUACCCCACCUACUCCACAGAUCAACCAAACUAUACAGCGUGAACCACUUGUGACAUCUUGGGCAUCGGCUUUCCCCUCCAGACGUCUCUUUGCUCGAAAGUCCUCGUCCUCUACCACUCCAACGUCAGGUGCUCAAGGCAAUGGUCAACCGGUACAGGAAGAAGAACAUCACUGGUACAAUUUUGCCCUGUCGGAAUCUGAACCUGAACCUGAAUCUGAGAUUGUGAGUGAGGCGGCAGAAGCGAUAGAUACGAAAGGGAAGAGCAGAUCACAGAUCAAAGCGGAGGAAUAUCAGAGGAAUUGUGGGAGGUUUUGGGAAGAUUAUCAAGGUUGUUUGAAAAACGCAAUAAAUCAAAACGAAUCGCUCUCCGCUUUAUUGGAAACGGCAAGAGAAGAACAUCCUUUAGGAAGUUUGGAUGGGUUGAAGGGUACUCCAUGGGAUUCAAAAGCUGAUUUCACGAAAGAGCAGGAAUAA